UUGUUGUGAGCUGUGUAUAAAUCUCUCUCUCAGGAGGAGUGUCAAUCGGUGCGGUGUCAAUCAGAGCCUCGGCUUCCCUUUCAUCUCUCUUUCCUCCCAGUGACUGAAGAGAGAGAAAAAGGAGGAGGAGGGAGCACGGCUACAUUACCAACACACACAUACACACACUGGUUACAUUACGCUGUGGAAGCGGUGCAGGAGCAGUGGGAAGUCGGGUCCACGGCGUUUUUCCACUCUUGCCUUCUUUUUUUGAUUGUUUUCUGUGAUUUUCUUCUUCUUUUUGUUUUUGCUUUUAUCCCUCCUCCUCCGAGCAGCUUCGAGGAUGUAUUUUUAAGCAUCACGGCGUCUCGCUGCGUUGCUUGUCGCCCAAGUAUUUGCUUGUUUUAAAAACCCCCAACAACAACUGCGUUUUCUUCCAUUUACACAUCCAUCACUUAAUUUCUUUUCCCUUUUCCUCGUCUUACUUUCCCCCUCCCUCCAACCUCUCCACACGCACACUGAAGGACGCUCGCAGCUCCGUCCCCGGGACCACCGAGGAAAUAUCUUCUCUCACUUUUCUAAAUGUACUUUUUCACGUUGAGUCGUUUUUACAGGAACGCGGCGGUCGUCGCGUGCUGACUUCAAACAGAAAAAAAAGAAAGAAAGCGAGAGGGGAGAAAAAAGAUGGUGAUGAGAUUUUAACUCGUGGUUUGUUCCCCCUUUUUAUGUUUUCCUCAUGACAUUGAGGCGUGCACUGGACUUCUCAUUCCGACCGCUUUGCAUCUCACUUUUUUUAGUGUGUGAGUUUCAAGCUUAGUUAAACUCUCGCGACGGAAAAAGAACAGAAAAGAGGGGGGAAAAAACAACAACAAAAGGACGCCGGCAGCAGCCUCGCGCCUCCUGUUGCUUCAGUAAAAACACACCGGCAGUGUGCUCGCACGCCGCUUCCUCUCCGGGUGACUCUCCGGUGUGACACAGGGGAGGAGGUGGAGGGGGGGAAGGCAACGGUUCCCACUCCGUUUCGGUGGGAGUUUUUUUUUAUUUUUCCUUUUUCAUCUUUCCCACUCUCUAUUUCUGUGUAGUUUCGGGACAGUGGUGGCACGCGUUGUUGUCUUCGGUUUUCUCGGGGAAGCGAAACACUUUGUGAAAAAAUGCCCCAGUUAUCAGGCGGCGGAGACCCGGAGCUUUGCGCCACAGAUGAAAUGAUCCCGUUCAAAGACGAGGGGGACCCGCAGAAGGAGCAGAUCUUCGCCGAGCUGAGCCAUUCGGAAGAGGAAGGGGACCUGGCAGACAUCAAGUCAUCUCUGGUCAACGAGUCGGAAAGCAGCCCCAACAGCAACAGCCACGACGCAGCUAGACAGUCCCAAAUACCACAAGAUUCAUAUCAUGAAAAACACAGAGACCAUCCGGAAGAUGGAAAGCAUCAAGACAUGUACAGUAAAGGCCAUCCGUACCCGGGCUACCCAGGUUACAUCAUGAUGAGCAACAUGAACACUGAUUCCUACAUGAACAAUGGCUCCCUCUCGCCGCCCAUGCCCAGAACGUCCAACAAAGUCCCCGUGGUGCAGCCAUCUCAUGCAGUCCACCCGCUCACCCCCCUGAUCACGUACAGUGACGAACACUUCGCUCCAGUGUCCCAUUCUGGCCAUCACCCCCAGGAUGCCAACAACAAACAAGGAAUGCCCAGGCAUCACCCCGGACCAGACAUGCCCAACUUCUACUCCUUGUCUCCUGGAGGAGUGGGGCAGCUCACAUCACAGCUGGGAUGGUUCCCGCACCACAUGGUGCCAGGUCCCCCAGGUCCUCACGCCACAGGAAUCCCUCACCCGGCCAUUGUCAAUCCACAGGUCAAACAGGAGCCACCUCAUGACGGUGACAUCAUGCACAUGAAGCCGCAGCACGAACAGAGAAAGGAGCAGGAGCCCAAAAGACCGCACAUCAAAAAGCCGCUAAACGCCUUCAUGCUCUACAUGAAAGAGAUGCGUGCGAACGUGGUUGCCGAGUGCACGCUGAAGGAGAGCGCCGCCAUCAAUCAGAUCCUGGGACGAAGGUGGCAUGCUUUAUCUCGAGAAGAGCAAGCUAAGUAUUACGAGUUAGCCCGCAAGGAACGGCAGCUCCACAUGCAGCUCUACCCAGGCUGGUCCGCUCGAGACAACUAUGGAAAGAAGAAGAAGCGGAAGAGGGAGAAGAUGCAGGAAUCGGCCACAGGUACAGGCCAGAGAAUGAAAACGGCGUACAUCUGAGAAUAUGGAGGAAAACGCAACAGUUUCUCCACAUGCAAAGCAAAGGCAGCAGCUUCAGGCCCUCUGCUAGAGAUGGAGGCCUGUUAGAUCCCAUGAAGACCCUUAAAUCUCCAAAACCGAAGCCUCCAGUUCUCAGAGAAACCCCCACAGCACCCCACAACCCCCCCUGUUGAUACCCUGCCUAACCCUACCCGCUUUCCUUUGCCACCAUCACAUGCCACCGCCGUCACCAGAAUCACUGUUUGACUCUACUUCCUCCCUAAAGGCGCCUGCUGUAGAGACACUGAACCGAACUGACCGAGACAAUCAUGAUUAUAGUAGGAGCACCCUCACGUAACCGUGCCGUCUCACUCUGAAAGCAUCGAGUUAACAUCUGUGUGGUUAUUUUCAUUUUAAUAUAUAUAUUUUUUAUUUUUGUUUAGUCAGUUUUCCUUUUCAAUGUUGGCUUUACUGCAAAUCUGUGGCACUGCACUGAAAAAUAGCAGCAAUUGUGAUGUGUGCACAAACGCCCCCCUCCCCCACCCUGCACUGCCCGUAACAGUCAAAACACUUGCUACUAAGUUAUUCUAAGUUAUUUUGCCACCUCUUUUUCCCCUUUGUGUAGUUCAUUAGGCUGUAAUUUACUUCCCUACCCCUUGUGUUUCUCUCACUGGGUUUUUUUUUUUUUUGUUGUUGUUGUUGUUGUUUUGAGACCAUUUUGGGGGUUUGCCACCACCCCCCACCCCUCCAUCCCUGACUGACCAAACACCUCUUUCUAGACUGCACUAAGGAAGAUGGAGGGAUCUCAUCUUGUCCAAGAAACGCCCUCAAGAUUUCUAGUUCGUUGCUGACGACCAGUUGGUGCAAAAAAAGGAUCAACAUUUUGGAUUUGCUUUUCAUUUUAGACUGAAUAUUAUUUUUGAAUGCCUUUUAUUUGUAUCCUGAACCCUUGUUCAGUUUCUUGGUGUAUAUUUCUGUGAUUAUUUUUCCCCUUUGUUUAAUAUGGUUUUUGUUUUUGUUUUUUUUUAUAUAUAUAGUGGUAUAUAUGAAAAUAAGCUUUGGACACAGGAAAGCCAUUUUUCUUGUUGAAGCGUCUUGCAGAAAAUUGAAACUUAAGGCUUCUUUUGAUAACUAUUUGUAACAAAUAGUGACCUCGAGUCUUGCUCAGAUGUAAAAUAAUGCUCAGUAUGUGUACUUUUUAAACUGUCAGGAUUAUGUCAAUUUUCUUGGUAUUUUUGCAGGCAACAUUAGGACAAAGGCGAGAGUGACAGCUCAGAGGCCUAUAUUUUAUUGUUCUAAAACAUGACAUAUGAAGCAGAAAUAUAUAUUUACCCCAGCACUUGACAGUCUGUCUUUUAUUGCAAUGGACCUUUUUGUCUUUUCUCUCUGGUAGCUAAUAGUGUGGUCUUUAGCCAUGUUGUUUAUUCCAUGCAAACAUCUCUGUAACAUCUUGAUUUUAAUGCUCUAUUUUUAGUAUUACUUGAUUAAUUCCUUUUUUUUCUAAAGUCUCAUGUUUUAGGUCACUGUCAUCUUGGUAUAGCAUUUUUUUUUUCUUCUUUGCUUCCCAAGUGGUCAUAUUUGAACCGUUUCAACAUGUUUUGUUUUUUUGUUUUUUUUAAAGAAAAACAAUAAAAAGGCACCAUUGGCUCAUUUGAUCACUUGUGUGGUGGAAAGACCAGAGCUAGAUGUGCCAGAUGUAA